AUGCUGCAGAAGAAUAUAAUUAACACUCGCUUGGCCUUGGACAACUUGAGGAUGUCCAAGUCAGAAAGUCAGGAAGCCGCCACAAUGAGGAUAGAGGCUGGAGCUGGUCCCAAUUUUGGCUGUAAAGUCAUAGUACAAGCUCAAGAUUCUCACACCGCUAGCAGUGGUACUCGUCAGACUCGCAAGAGGAAGAUUGGAGGUGUCGACACCAUCGACAAGGAGAACGUACUAUUUCCGAAUGGCUGCGGCACCCUGACUAUCAAGCGCAUCUGCUGGGAGAAAACCGGCACUGACUGGCAGACAGUCCUUGAUGUGAUUGCAUAUGGUGAAGAACAGCGAAAUAGACGGGAUAAAGACAUGGACCUUGCCUCCUCUGGACACAAGUCUCAACUUGUUGUCACCUCUGACCCUCCGACCCUCCGCUCCGACUUAGAGCUGUGCUCUAAGUCUUUCCCUUAUUACCCCACCCCUAUCAAUAUCCUCCUAUCACCCCUUUUCCUAUCCUCUACAUUAUCCUUCCACCAUCUCCACUCCUAUCAAAUAUCCCCCUGGUUUCUACCCACCCUCCGCAUCAUUCCCUGCCUUCUCCACUCCGCUCCUAGUCGGUCCGCCGCUAGCAGCCCUUACUUCCCGACCCUCAAAGCGGACCUAAGCAGUCCACUCGUCCUAUUGUCGGAUCUGCUCCAAAUUCGGGGCACGUACUCAGCUAAGGGUGCAGCACAAGAGCUGAAGCCAAGCCCCGACCCCUCUGCCUCUUGA